CGGGAGGAGCCGGGCGAGCCGGAGCGAUCCCUGCAGGGCCGACUGGGCCUUCUGCCGGGCGGUGACGGCGCCAGCCUGCUGCGCCACUCACCCUGGCUGUACCAGUACUACAGCCUGGCGUCGGCUGGCGUGUUCCCGCCGCUCUCGUCCUACUCGCUGCUCUCCAAGUCGUCAGCUUUUAGCAAGUACACGGCAGCGCUGGCCGAGCCGGUGGCCGCCACACAGACGGUCCCGGCGCCGGCGGGGACGGACCGGAGCGCGACCGACACGACCGCGCCGCGUCCGCCCACCGCCAAGAGCAAGACCUUCACCUGCCCCGAAUGCGGCAAGGUGUUCAACGCGCACUACAACCUGACGCGCCACAUGCCAGUGCACACGGGCGCCCGGCCGUUCGUCUGUAAGGUGUGCGGCAAGGGCUUCCGCCAGGCGUCCACCCUCUGCAGACACAAGAUCAUCCAUACGUCAGAGAAGCCGCACAAAUGCAAGACGUGCGGCAAGGCCUUCAACAGGAGCUCCACGCUCAACACGCACAUGCGUAUACACAGCGGCUACAAACCAUGGGUCUGCGAGUUCUGCGGCAAGGGCUUCCACCAGAAGGGCAACUACCGCAACCACAAACUCACGCACAGCGGCGAGAAGGCGUACAAGUGCCACAUCUGCAACAAGGCGUUCCACCAGGUCUACAACCUGACGUUCCACAUGCACACGCACAACGAAAAGAAGCCGUUCAUCUGCGAGCUCUGCGGCAAGGGCUUCUGCCGCAACUUCGACCUGAAGAAGCACACAAGGAAGCUGCACGACGUGGACGCGCCGGCUGCUGGCGGUGACGCGGGCAGCUUCAGUCCUCACUUCGCCGGCGGCGGCGGCGGGGUGCCGCUCAUCGGCUCCGGCCCCCACUCGGGCUCCGGUCUGCUGCGGCUGCCCUACCUGGACCGGCUGCACUACCCACCCGCGCUCUGA